GUCGCCUGCUCUGAAUCGCGUCCGACUCCACCGCUGCUGCCUGCGGUUGCUUCCUGCGACCCACUUGUUUGCGAACUGCUAUUAGCAAAGAAGGCCAAUGUUAAUGAAGCCAACAAGUUGACGGGCAUGACGCCCCUGCACGUGGCAACGCGAUGUUCGAGUAAACGCAUGUGUGAGUUUCUCCUCCACCGCGGCGCUGAUGCUCAUCGACUUGAUAUCACCGGUAAAUCGGCGCUGGACGAGGCUGACGAAAUUGAGGUUGAUUCG